ACCACUCGCCAUUAAAAAAACUUCUCUCACUUAUUCCCAUCGGCAGCCGCUCGCUCUUUCUCUCUCUCGUUUUCCAUUUCACGCCCGACCUUCCUUCCUGCCGCUUACCCAACCCCUGCUCUUGUCAGAUUGUAAAGAAAGGUUGACUGGGUAUCUCCGCUUACCAUCUAGGAUAUGCUGCCUUCUCUCGUGUUCUGGCUUUAUGUAAGGCAAACCCAAUAGAAAAAUCUUAGCAGCUCUGUUUUAAGUUUUAGUUUAGGAUAUGUCAGAAGAGGUAGAGUACCGCUGUUUUAUUGGUGGGCUUUCAUGGUCUACAUCUGAUAGAGGUCUGAAAGAGGCAUUUGAAAAGUUUGGUCAUCUUCUUGAGGCUAAGGUAGUUGUUGACAAGUUCUCUGGACGAUCUCGGGGGUUUGGAUUUGUCACUUUUGAUGAGAAGAAAGCGAUGGAAGAGGCUAUUGAAGCAAUGAAUGGAAUGGACUUAGAUGGGCGAACGAUUACUGUUGAUAAAGCCCAGCCACAACAAAGUUCUGGCAGAGAUUAUGAUGGUGAUCGCAACCGUGAGCGUGGGAGGGAUCGUGAUCAGAACCGUGAAUCUGGAGGCAGACGGGCAGGUGGUGGUGGAGGAGGAGAAUGCUUCAAGUGUGGUAAGCCUGGACAUUUUGCUAGGGAGUGUCCAAGUGAAGGGGCAAGAGGUGGUCGGUAUGGUGGCAGAGAUGAGAGGUAUAGUGGUGGAGGUGGCAGUGGUGGUGGUGGUCGCUAUGGUCCUGAUCGAAAUGGUGAUCGAUUUGGUGGUCGUAACAGGGAUGCUGGUAAUCGUGGAAAUCCAGGAACUGAUCGAUAUAAUCGUGACCGGUCUGGACCAUAUGAACGUCGUGGUUCGGGAGGAUUUCGUUCUGGAUAGAAGUACUUCUGAUUGUGGUAUGCCACUUAAUACUGAACUCUGCAUGUUCCAGUCAAUUAGCAGAAAAUGUUUGUCCUGCAACUGAGGAAGUGGAACUCUUGGUGCUACUGUCUAUGAAUUGUUGAAGGUUUUUGUUUUACUAUUGUUAUUAUUUUUAGAUUAUUAUGGACAUGUUACUGUUAUUGGUGUCUUGUCUUGCUGAAUCAUUCAGCUUUAUCUAGUGCUAAAUUUGACAUUCAUGUUUUGAUC